AAAUUAAAAAAUUCUGUCAAAAAUAUUUACAUCAUUUUCUAAAGUCAACAAAAUACUAAUUUUUCAUCACUUUACAUUAAAAAAAAAACAAACAAAUUCAAAGUAUAUUACAGAUAAAUUUCAACACUACUUAAUACAUAAACUUAGAAUGCUUUAAACCAUUUUACUGAGUGAGAAAAAUGAGCAAUGGAUUUAAUCUGGAUAUCUUUACACCAGAAAAUGGUACCGAUUUCUUUAAGACUCUUUGCGUGCAAACGGAAUUUUGCCAGACUUGCAGAGGUUGGACGUCUUGAAACCCCAAAAGUUGCAGGAAAAUACGAUACCGGUCAGUUAAUACUACAUCGAGUCUUUGGCUAUAGAGGUGUAGUGUUAUUCCCUUGGCUAGCCAGAGUAUAUGACAGAGACUUACCACAACAUCGAGAAGGAGAUGAAGAACCCAACUCGGGUGUUGGUAAAGAAGUUAGGGGACGUACACACACGUUUUACCAAGUACUGAUCGACCAGAGAGACUGUCCAUAUAUUAGAGCUCAAACCGAAGCUGUGACCUUCCUAGGCAACCAGGAGUCUUCCAGAAGUCUCUAUGCCAUACCAGGGCUAGAUUAUGUGGCUCACGAAGACAUCAUACCAUAUGUCAGUGCAGAGAAGACCCCACUGCAUCACGAACUAUUUGAUAAGUUUUUAGCACCCAAUACUAACGGAGAUCCACCGUUUAUAGCUCAAGACACCUUGAAGGCGUGGCAAAAUAAGAACCAUCCGUGGUUGGAGCUGUCAGAUGUCCACAAAGAAACUACAGAGAAUAUUAGGGUGACUGUAAUACCGUUCUAUAUGGGCUGUAGAGAGAGUCAUGCCAAUUCAGUGUAUUGGUGGAGGUACUGUAUUAGGCUAGAAAAUUUAGGAAAUCUGAGUGUUCAAUUGAGAGAAAGACACUGGAGAAUAUUUUCACUUUCUGGUACAUUGGAAACAGUUAGAGGUAGAGGUGUAGUAGGCCAAGAACCGGCUUUAACAAAAACGUUGCCAGCUUUCCAGUACAGCAGUCACGUUAGUUUACAAGCUCCCAGUGGUCAUAUGUGGGGUACAUUUCGAAUGGAACGAGAAGAUGGAUACACGUUUGACUGCAGAAUUCCGCCAUUUUCCUUAGAAAGUAAACCAGAAGGUGGUACAGCAUCUCCACCAGAUACAGUUUGAAGCUGCUUGAAUAUAUUUAUUGUGUUAUAUAAUAAUUUGUAAAUAUAUUGUUACCAAAAAAAUCUGUAUAUAAUAUAAAUAUAUUAUCAUCCAAUCCUG